UUUUGGUGAGGAAGUGGGUGCCCCGUGGUGAGGAUUUUGUUGGGGAUCCCAUUUUUCAAGUUUAGUUCCACUCUACAUAUAUAUAUAUAUUUAGACUGUUUUUCUGCUAUCGAUCUUCAUCAGUUAAUUUCAAUAAUUUCUACAUCGAAGCCAUCAACCUGUCUGUUAGACCCGAUCCCAACUAGGCUGCUUAAAGAAGUUGUUCCCUUAAUUGGCACUUCUUUACUGGAUAUGAUUAAUCUUUCUUUAUUAUCAGGAUAUGUACCACAGUCCUUUAAAGUAGCUGUAAUUAAACCCCUUCUUAAAAAGCCCACUCUUGACCCAGGGGUCUUAGUCAACUAUAGACCGAUUUCUAACCUCCCCUUCCUCUCUAAGAUUCUGGAGAAAGUAGUCGCCAAAGAGUUGUGUGACUUUCUACAUAACAAUAGUUUAUUUGAGGAUUUUUAAGUCAGGAUUUAGAGUUCAUCAUAGCACAGAGACAGCUCUGGUUAAAGUUAAUAAUGACCUUCUGACUGCUUCAGACAAUGGACUUGUCUCUGUACUUGUAUUAUUAGAUCUUAGUGCUGCAUUUGACACCAUUGACCAUAAUAUUCUUUUACAGAGACUUGAGCAUCAAAUUGGCAUUAAAGGAACCGCACUAAGCUGGUUUAGGUCAUAUUUAUCAGAUCGCUCGCAGUUUGUACAUGUUAACGAUGAAUCUUCAUUAAAUACUUCAGUUAGUCAUGGAGUUCCACAAGGUUCUGUACUUGGACCAAUACUGUUUACUUUAUCCGGAUGGCUAGUGUGACGUAAAGAAUCGUUAGGAAUCACUUCCGUGUCCAUUAGCAUUUUUAGGUCACGUAAACAACAAUGGCAACAGCACAGGAACCGGUCACCUUUUAUACAGUGACAGCCUACUUUACUGACAUCCCAAAGUCUGUUCAAAAGGGUCUUAACUCCUAUAAUUCAAAUAGGGUAAUAACAGUUAGUUCAAUGUCAGGUGGAAGUCUAAAUGAGAAAGUAAGGGUGUUGGCUAGCUAGCUAAUGUAAACACGGGGCGUUGCUGACUGUCUUUUAGCUGUCUUAGGGUUUGGCGAGGGUUAGCUAGCUUAGUUGUUUUCACUCAGAUACACGUUGAGGGACAGGAGGUGAAGGCAAGUACCUGCUCUUGUGCUAUCAGGAGGGCCAAGUGUCACCAUGUAGCAGCCCUGCUGAUUUGGGUUGAAAAGAACCUAACCCGCAUGGAUGUGGAGUGUGUGUGGAAGAGGGCCCCGGCACCCAAAACAGAUGAGGUCACAGCGAAGAGGGUGUCUGUGAUUGCACCUUCCACAUCUCAAGCUGGAAUUAAACAACCUGUCACCCAGGAGGACAGAGAAUGGACACUGAACUCCUUGGCACAGCUGGGCCGUUUUUACAGGUCUGGGUUGGAUUUUGGCAACAGAAAUACCUCAGACCGUCCCUAUCAAGACCUUUUUGAUGGGGUAGUGACCAGCCCAGGUUAUGGCAAUGCAGAGGACAAAGCUCUGUAUGUGCGUUCAUUGCUUGCGGUCAGCCCACACGAGAAAGAACCCAUUGAGAGAGCCACAGUUGGGCAAACUAAGAAUGCCUUAUGGACGGCAUAUCGCCAGAAAAGAAUCACAGCCAACAACUUCGGUUUGGUGUUUGCAGCAGUGAAGCGGAACUCUUACCCUCCCUUAUUCAAAACCCUGCUUGGCCAAUACAACCUUAAACAAGGAUCUCAUGCUUGUGAUUGGGGAGUCCUCCAUGAGCCAAAGGCAAAGCAGGCAUACAUGGAGCGCACUGGUGUGACCAUCCAGGAGAGGGGAGUGUUCCUUUCUGACAGCGGCCUGCUCGGUGGCUCUCCAGAUGGGAUGGUGGCCGAUGACUUCAUCAUUGAGGUGAAAUGUCCCUAUUCAGCCAGAACCAAGACCAACCUGCAGGCAGUGGAGAAAAAUGACUUUUCUAGAACUGGAUGAAGUCACUGGCUUACUGAAGCUCAAGCAAACCCACAACCACUGGCAUCAGAUUCAGGGCAAUCUGCACCUGACAGGAGCCAACAGUUGUCAUCUUGUGGUGUGGACUUCUCUUGACCUUGUAAUCCUGCUCAUCCAUAAAGACCCAGCAUGGGCUAACAACAUUAACAUUCUAGAAACAUUUUAUAAGGAUUGUUUCCUACCUCGCAUUCUGUCAGAAAUGUAAAAUGGUUAGUGUAUUGACCCUGCAUUCAUGACCUGUUCUAGUACAGGAUUUCAUUCAACAAUAAACUGACUGGGAGUGGGAGCAACUGUG